GUGAACUCAGCAGUUUUCGAACAACUUACACCGAGCCAAUAUCUCUUAGCCGUGAUUUUGCUUCCUUACUGUUGUGCGUUGACUUUUGAGCAGUCGCCACUUGCUACACACCCUCGACAAUGGGCAACAACCGAACUACCUUUGACCCACAACCAGUGCUCAACCGCGAUCCAUGGCUUGAGCCCUUCUUGCCUGCUAUCGCCCAUCGCCACGGACGCUUUCAGCAAUGGAAAAACACCAUCUCGCAGUAUGAAGGCGGCUACGAAAAGUUCUCGAGAGGAUAUGAGAAGUUUGGCUUGAAUGUUGAUGAAAAUGGCGAGAUCACGUAUCGCGAAUGGGCUCCAAAUGCAAAGGAAGCAGUCCUAAUCGGCGAUUUCAACGAAUGGAACAGGACGACGCAUCCAAUGAAAAAGGACCAGUAUGGCGUCUGGGAGAUCAAACUCCCUCCCAAGGCUCCUGGACAGCCCUCGAUUCCGCAUGAUUCUAAAAUAAAGAUCUCGAUGAUACUUCCGAAUGGAGAGCGAAUUGAACGUCUGCCUGCUUGGAUCAAACGGGCUACACAAGACCUUUCCGUGUCCCCAGUAUAUGAUGCACGAUUCUGGAACCCGCCUGCUGGUGAAAAAUACAUAUUCAAAAAUAGAGCUCCUCCCAAGCCCGCGAGCGCAAAAAUCUACGAGGCACAUGUUGGCAUUUCGACCACGGAAGGAAGAGUUGGAACGUACAAGGAGUUUACACAAAACGUCCUCCCUCGAAUCAAGGAGCUGGGUUAUAACACAAUCCAAUUGAUGGCAAUAAUGGAGCACGCAUAUUAUGCAUCUUUCGGAUACCAGGUCACAAGCUUCUUCGCAGCAAGCUCGCGCUAUGGAACUCCAGAAGAGUUAAAGGAGCUCGUCGACACAGCACACGGAAUGGGCUUGACUGUUCUUCUCGAUAUUGUUCACUCGCAUGCAUGCAAGAACGUACUUGACGGUCUCAACAACUUUGAUGGUACAGAUCACUUGUAUUUCCACGAAGGUGGAAAGGGUCGCCAUGAACUCUGGGACAGCCGUCUCUUCAAUUAUGGCAAUCAUGAGGUUAUGCGUUUCCUGCUCAGCAAUUUGAGAUUCUACGUGGAGGAGUACCAAUUUGAUGGCUUCCGUUUCGACGGGGUCACGAGUAUGAUGUACAUCCAUCACGGAAUAGGAACCGGAUUUUCUGGUGGCUAUCAUGAAUACUUCGGGGGUUCUGUUGACGAGGAGGGCGUCGUAUACUUGAUGAUCGCAAAUGAUAUGAUCCAUGAACUCUAUCCACAUGCAGUAACGAUUGCUGAGGAUGUCUCCGGCAUGCCCCUCUUGGGUGUCCCUGCCGAGGUCGGUGGUGUGGGCUUCGAUUACAGGCUCCAGAUGGCAAUUCCCGACAUGUGGAUCAAGUUGCUCAAGCACAAGAAGGACGACGAAUGGGACAUGGCGAACAUCGUACAUACUCUUAUUAACAGACGCCAUGGCGAGAAGAGUAUUGCCUAUGCUGAAAGUCACGAUCAAGCACUCGUCGGUGACAAGACAAUUGCGUUUUGGCUUAUGGACAAGGAGAUGUACACUAACAUGUCUGAUAUGACGGAACUCACCCCUGUCAUUGAUCGCGGGCUUGCCCUUCACAAGAUGAUCCGUUUCCUUGUCCACGCACUUGGUGGAGAGGGCUACUUAAACUUUGAGGGAAAUGAGUUCGGACACCCUGAAUGGCUUGACUUCCCCCGUGCCGGGAACAACAACUCUUUCCAUUAUGCACGUAGACAAUGGAAUGUUGUCGAUGAUGAUCUCUUGCGCUACAAGUACCUGAACAACUUCGACGCUGCGAUGAAUAACAUGGAGACGAAGUACGGCUGGCUGGCUGCUCCCCAGGCGUAUGUCUCCCUGAAACAUGAAGUCGACAAGGUGGUCGUCUUCGAGCGUGCCGGGUGCCUUUUCAUCUUUAACUUCCACCCAACCGAAUCAUUCGUGGACUACCGUGUCGGAGUGGAUCAGGCUGGCGAAUACCACGUCGUGCUAUCGAGCGACGAAAAAGGCUUCGGUGGACACGAUCGUAUUGACAUGAACGUCAAACACUACACGACGCCACUCGAGUGGAACAACAGAAAGAACUGGCUUCAGGUGUACGUUCCUUGUCGGACCUGCCUCCUUCUGGCGACGCACUAAGGAGUAAGGCGCCAGACGUCGGCAGUCACACUCUAACGGACCACAGAAUAAUAGAUUCGGCUCACGGACUAUGUGUCAGAAUAUAUGCUAUCCAUUGCGGAAGUUGAGCUCUGUUUGUAGAAUCCAAACCUCCAGUUAUUUUUUAAAUAUAGACUUCCCCAAAGAAGCUUGUCAUAAGACAGAUGUGAAACAAUGAAAUUGC